UUUAGGAGGGCUGGAUGCAGCCAUAACUCCGAGACCCGCCCUCGGACCACGACGGUGGCCGGUGGCCUCAGGUUCAGGUUCUGGUUCAGGUUCGAAAUUGGUCUCUUAGUGCAGACCUAGCCUCUGUUUUGUGUUUUGUUGUUAGUGUCUUUGUUCUGUUCUGUUUCUGUUUUGUCACCCAUCAGUCACGUUAUGGGUCAGUCUCCGUCUUCUUCCGCUUGCUCUCUGCUACAAUGUUUCUUAAAAAAUUUCCAGGACUUUCGGCGACGAGCUGCAGGAUCGGGAGCCAUAGUCAACCCAGGAACUCUCCGGACCCUCUGCGAGCUAAUUGGCCACCAGAGGGCACUCUAAACUUGCCGAUUGCCUUUCAGGUUCAAAAAGUCAUUUGUGGGAAACCAGGACAUCCGGAUCAGAUUCCCUACAUUGAAACCUGGAUCGACGUCCUCACUGACCACCCCACGUGGCUUAAAAAUUGCUCACCACCUAAACUGUCCAAAGAGCGAGAUGUGCUCAUUCUAAAGGGGCCACCCAAAAGGCCCCUGGUCCUCGACCCCCCACAGGAUAGUCCCCCCUUAACACGGCCCCCACCUUAUCCCGCAGGGCCCCUUGCCCUUCCCCCUAGCUCAGGGCCUUCUGCCCCCAGCCCAAGGCCCUCUCCUCCCAGUCCAGAACCCUCCGUUCUCAGCCCGGGACCCGUUGCUUCCAGCUCGGGACCCUCUACCUCAAAAACAGAGGGACCCCUUGUUCCCACUCCGGAUUCCACUACACCCCCGACAACUCUCUCCAGCCCCCCCAUAUCCGUUCCAGAAGUUCGUACGGACCGCAUGGUCAGGUCCUUGGCCCCGCCCAAUUACCUCUGAGGCAAGUCAUUCAGGGCCCCCCUGAAGACCCAAAGCCCUUUAUGGUUUAUGUUCCUUUUUCCACCAGCGACCUGUACAACUGGAAAAAUCAAAACCCUUCUUUCUCUCAAAACCCCCAAGGACUAAUUUCUCUGUUAGAGUCCAUUUUCUUUACUCAUCAGCCCACAUGGGAUGACUGUCAACAACUUCUGCAGACCCUUUUCACAUCAGAGGAGAGAGAGAGAAUCCAUGCCCAGGGACGGAAACUAGUCAUGGGUCCAGACGGUCUGCCAACCACGGAAGUAGACUGCCUUGAGGCUGUUUUUCCCUUCACCCGACCCCAGUGGGACCCUAACACUGAUCAAGGUAAGGAGGCUCUCGAACGGUACCACCAGACUCUAAUGGGGGCUCUCUGAGCAGCAGCGCGGAGGCCUACAAAUAUGUCUAAGGUAACUGAGGUGACUCAGGGGGCCACUGAGUCCCCCACCGCUUUUCUAGAGCACCACCAGGAGGCUUACCGGUUAUAUACCCCUAUAGAUCCAGAGGUGCCAGAAAACAGGCAGGCAAUUAAUAUUGCCUUCGUUGCCCAGUCAGCCCCAGAUAUAAGGAAAAAGUUACAGAAGUUAGAAGGCUUUGAGGGAAAAGUACUGAGCGAGUUGGUGGAAGUUGCUCAACGAGUCUUCAAUAAUAGGGAAAGUUCAGAAGACUUAAACAAAAAAAUGGCGAAAGUCCUACUUGCCAUGAGUGAGGACCAGGCGCAGAAUAAAAACUGAGGAGGGGGUCAGAAGUUUGGAGAAAAGUCAGGGGGAGGAAAUAAACUGUCUGGCGGGAGAGGAGGGUGAAAAGGACCCUCUCUAGGCCAAAACCAAUGUGCUUUCUGUAAGGAGCAGGGGCACUGGAAAAACGAGUGCCCGAAAAAAUCCUGUUGAGGACCGUCAAAGGUCCUUCUAGAGAAGGAAGACUGAUGAGGCCGGGGCUCCGCCCUUAGCCCCCAGGAGCCCAGGGUCACUCUUAAAGUAGGGGGCCAAGACAUUGACUUUUUAGUGGACACUGGGGCAACUUUUUUUGUGCUCCAGGAAGCAAAAGGCCCUCUAUCGCAAAAACGGACCCCAAUUCAGGGGGCCACUGGAAGAAUCAAGUCCUAUCCAUAGACACAGGCCCAGAUAAGUAACUUAGGGGAAGGAACCGUUACUCACUCCUUCUUAGCUAUGCCUGAGUGCCCUUACCCUCUAGUUGGCCGUGACUUGCUCCACAAGCUAAGAGCAACCAUCUCCUUCCAAGAUGAAAGGCCGGAAGUAAAUUUUCCUAGACAGCCGAGUUCCAUCUUAAUUACCUGCCCCCUGUCCAAAGAGUACCUCCUCCUAACCGGGGAAGAUACUCCUAAACAAGAGACUGAGCUCCUAAUAAAAUGGCAAAAAGAAAUUCCAGAAGUAUGGGCAGAAACCAAUCCCCCAGGACUGGCUGGCCACCAGCCCCCAAUAGUUGCCCAGCUUCUAAGCCAUGCCACACCUGUCCGGAUUCAGCAAUAUCCAAUGAGUUACCAAGCUAAAAAAGGAAUAGCUGUCCACAUUAAGAGACUAAGGGAAGCGGGGAUCCUUGUACCCUGCAAGUCCCCUUGGAACACCCCGCUCCUACCUGUCCAGAAACCAGGGACCGAGGACUUCAGGCCAGUACAAGACCUACGAGAGGUCAACAAGAGGGUCGAGAUGAUCCACCCAAUGGUCCCUAACCCAUAUACCCUGCUUAGCUUGCUUCCUCCUGAUCGGAAAGUGUACACUGUACUAGAUUUAAAGGAUGCCUUGUUUUCACUACCCCUGGCUCUGGUCAGCCAGCCUCUUUUUGCCUUUGAGUGGACAGACCCCGAAGUAGGGGAUUCAGGACAAUUAACCUGGACUAGACUGCCCCAAGGUUUUAAAAACUCUCCUACUCUCUUUGAUGAAGCCCUUAGCCAGGACUUACUAGAAUUCUGGGAAGGACACCCCGAGGUUACUGUCCUCCAAUAUGUAGAUGACAUCCUUCUUGCAGCAAAAUCCCCCAAGGAGUGCCAGAAGGCUACAAAGGAAUUAUUAAAAGCUCUCAGGCAGCUAGGAUACCGGGUAUCAGCAAAGAAAGCACAGCUAUGCGUUCCCCAAUCCUCUUAUCUUGGGUACAAUAUAACUGAAGGGAAGAGAGCACUGUCUAACAAAUGCAUCCAAGCCAUCCUCCAAAUUCUGACACCCCAAACGAAACUGCAAGUCCUGGAAUUUUUAGGAGUGGUCAGAUAUUGCCGGCUGUGGAUCCUUGGGUUUGCCGAAAUAGCCUGUCCCCUUUAUGCUAGCACCGGGGGAAAGGACAUAGAGCUAACUUGGACUGACAAGGAGGAGGGAGCUUUCCGGGCUCUAAAAAAGGCACUUACCCAAGCCCCAGCCUUAGCACUCCCAGAUCUCAGAAAACCAUUCCAGCUGCAUGUAGCUGAGGCACAAGGGGCAGCAAAGGGAGUGUUAACACAGCGCUUAGGGCCAUGGAAACAGGUCGUGGCUUAUCUUUCAAAGCGCCUCAAUCCGGUUGUGGCAGGUUGGCCUAACUGCCUCUGGGCCAUUGUGGCCACUGCCUUGCUAAUUAAAGAAGCCUCUAAACUCACCUUUGGGCAAGAACUGCAAAUCAUCGCCCCCCACGCAGUUGAAACCCUCCUCAAAAGCCCCCCGGACAGGUGGCUCUCUAACACAAGAAUUACUCAACACCAAGUUCUUCUCCUUGAUCCAUUCAGAAUAAAGUUUCUUCAAACCUCAGCUUUAAACCCAGCUACUUUGCUGCCAGAAAAUAAUCCCAGCCAACCCAUUCAUAACUGUGUUGAAACCUUAGCAGCAACCACCAAUCUGCGUGAAGAUCUGACUGAUCUGCCGCUCCAAAACCCAGACGAAACUCUCUAUACUGACGGGAGCAGUUUCAUUCAAGACAGGACUCGAGUCAUGGGAGCAGCAGUAGUGACAGCCUCUAAGCUUUUUCAGGAAGCAAAAGAGGUAAGCAGAAGAUGCCACGUCUGCACCCAAGUCAACCCAAGUCAUGUAAGUACCCCUGCUACUCCCGGUCACCGCCUAAGAGGUCAGCUCCCAGGAGAGCAAUGGGAAAUAGGCUUCACGGAACUGCCUCCCAGACCAGGGGGAUAUAAGUACUUACUUGUGCUGGUGGACACCUUCUCAGGAUGGGUUGAGGCCUACCCAACUCAGUCAGAGUCAGCCCAGGUAGUAGCUAACAAAUUAUUAGCUGAAAUUAUCCCUUGGUUUGGCCUACCGGUAACAAUGGGGUCUGACAAUGGUCUGGCUUUUAUAGCCCAAGUUACCCAGAAUUUGGUAAAAGCAUUAGGAAUCGAAUGGAAACUGCACUGCAUCUAUAGACCGCAAAGCUCAGGGAAGGUACAAAGGAUGAAUCGGACACUUAAGGAAACCCUCACCAAACUUAAAUUGGAGACUGGCAGAAACUGGGUGAGCCUCCUUCCAUUUGCCUUGCUCAAAGCUAGGUGCACCCCUUAUGUAAAAGGUAUUACUCCAUAUGAAGCCAUGUUUGGCAGGCCACCCCCGCUCCUCCCCAAGUUAGGGGAGGAGCAGCUCGCUUCCCUGUCUAACUCUGAACUUCUCAAGUCCCUACAGGCCUUACACUACAACUCCAAAAACAUCCACCACACCGUCCACGCCCACCGCUCGAAACCUGAUGCCGUGAAAGAGGAAACCCCUACCGCUGAACCUGGGGACUUGGUGUGGAUCAAGAAAAGAGACCCCUCCUCCCUCGAAGCACGCUGGGCUGGACCUUAUCAGGUGAUCCUAAGCACACCAACCACCGUGAAGGUCGCAGGUAAAAGAUUUUGGAUACAUCACUCACAAAUUAAGAGGGCGGACUCCGACCAGAACGCAGAAUGGGUUGUACAGAAAACAUCAGAUCCCCUAAAACUUUGGCUGUGGUGACGUACGCCAUUAUGCUGACUCUAGUAACAGUACUAACUGCCGAGAACCCUCAUCAAGCCACUAAUUAUACAUGGCAGUUAACUCACACCAUUGAUGGAACAAUAGUUAGCCAAAUUAGCACUCCUGGCAGCCCUAAAUUUGUUUUUGACCUAUGUAAACUCUUUGGGGAGACCUGGAAUUUGCCAGUGAGGGCAAAAGGUGGAAGAGCAGGGGUGAAAGCUUAUGGCUGUGGUGCAUUACCCCAGGAACAAGGGCUGUGGCAUAGUCAACAUUAUAUCUGUCUGCAGGAAAGUGCCUCAGCAUGCGGGGGAGAGGACGAUUACUUCUGUUACAGUUGGGGUUGUGAAACCAUAGCCCCAUGGAAAAAUGUAGACCAUCUGUUAAGGGUCAUGAGGGAUAAAAGGCCAGAAGCUCCUACUAAGAACUGUGUAAUUGGAGAUUGUGACCCUGUUACUUUUGAACCACAGCAGUUUUGGGAGGACUCCCAGUGGUUAGGAGGAAAAACGUGGGGAUUGCGCCUAUAUGUAUCAGGAUAUGAUCCUGGAGUGCUAUUUACUAUUCAGAAAAAGGCAAUCCCAAAGUCUCUAAAUCCAAUAGGCCCCCUGGUUCCCAUUGCAAUCGAAAUACCCAUAGCAACUCCUUCCCCACCUACCCAUCUUUCUGAUACCAUGAGCCAUCCCUUACCACCUAAGGCAACCCCCCUUCCUUCACCUCCAAGCUCCCACCAAAAGUCCAUACUCCAUACACUUAAAUUUAUGUUCAAGUUCCUAAAUAAGACUUCCUCCAACUUAACUAAAGACUGCUGGUUAUGCCUAAACCCCAAACCACCCUACUAUGCAGGUCUAGGAGCUAACCGAAGUAUAGGAACAGCUGAAGAUGAUAUCCAAAAUAUUUCUCUGUCAGAUGAUCACCAAAACUCACACUAUUGUCCCUGGGGCACUACUCCUAAGCUCACUUUAGGUGACUUUCAAGGACAAGGAACAUGUUUUCUAUCCCCCCAAUUCCUUUUGUCAACCUCCCCUUACGCUAACUCUUGUACCUCCGAGACCACCUUUAGCAACAGCUCUGCGAAGCAUCACGAAUAUUAUUUAGUAGCACCCAAGGGAACAUGGCUUGCCUGCACAACAGGGCUAACUCCAUGCUUAUACCCCCUGGCUCUCAUGCAACCCGGAGCCCCAGGACUAUGCAUUCUCACCCAUGUCUUCCCCCAGGUAUAUUACUAUUCUGGCAAAGGGGGUAGGGAACACCUUGGAUUAACUAACUUAAAAUGGGUCAAGUGAGGAGUGCCCAUAUUAGUGUCCAUGCUUCUUGGCAUUGGUGUAGCCGGAGCAACCACAGUAGGAACCAUGGCACUAGUCAUAGGAGACCAAAACUUCAAAAGUCUUAGUGCCCAAAUUGAUCAAGAUCUAAAAACCCUGGAGGAGAGCGUCACUAAAUUUGAAGAGUCCCUAAGUUCUUUAGCUGAAGUAGUGCUCCAAAACUGACGGGGACUCGACCUUCUAUUCCUGAAGCAGGGAAGGCUCUGUUUAGCCCUAAGUGAAGCAUGUUGCUUCUAUACUAACCACUCAGGUGUAAUUAAAGGAAGUUUGAGCCAACUCUGAAAAAGACUACAAGAUAGGGAAGAGCAAAGGAAAAAGGAGGCAAACUGGUUUGAAAAUUUAUUUUCUUGGUCCCCAUGGUUAACUACCCUAGUGUCAGCAGUCGCUGGACCCUUGGUCCUUCUCAUAUUAGCCCUGAUCAUAGGUCCUUGUGUUCUAAGGUAUUUAAUUCAGUUCAUCCAGUGAUGCAUUCAAAGCAUAAAACUCAUGGUUUUGCAGUCUCAAUAUCAACACCUAUCCUCAGAAGAAACAAUGAUUUGAUUCUCCCAAAAAUCAGUGGGGAAUGAAGUGGGGUCCCCUUUCCCCUUAAUCCUAUAACAUCUGCAAAGCAAAAAUGUUGUGUAAAUGGCAUUAGGCCAUGAGGAGGGGGGAGUGAGACUGUACCAGUUAAAGGAAGCGAAACUUUACCAUUUAGGGGAGGCGAAACUGUGGUUGCACGCAUUGGCCAAGCAUAACCCUUUAACAAUCAAUAGCUGCGCCAGUUCCAAGUGAAACUCUUUGUGAAAUUGUUUUUUUGUAACCAAGAGCUAACUGCCAACUCUGCUUCUGUUAAAAUAGCUUGCUUGCAUUUCUAGGAUACGGUUUCUGUCUAUAUAAGGCACCAGCGCACACAGGUGGGGGCUGCUCACUGAAUUCCCUGUGCGGAGGGAGUCAAGCUGAGCAGUUGCCAGCCGACUAAU